AGUUUCCUUCAUUUUGAUUUGCAAUUAGUUUAUUUCCGGUUUUUAAUCUCAUAAAUGACAUUAUCAAUAAAAAAAAGUUUGUAAUGUAUUGUCAAAAGAAAACGAACUUUUUUCUGGUACCUAGUUUUUUUUUUUAGGUUUGUAAUUCUGACCAAUUUUUUGAUCUGCUUUUUGCCUUUUAAAAUCCAGCCAAGGACUGUCUUCUCCUCUGCACUUCCUAUUUUUUUUUUGAAGAAUAUGAGCAACAGCUGAACUCUUUAUCUUAACUUUACUAGCCGCUGACCAGGAGAAGUGGAGAGUUUUGAAGCUACUGUAUACGGUUGAACGAGUGACCACGAACAACAACAGUAUAUUCAUCUGCUCUAUUUUAAACAAAUUCGCAACAUGAAAAGCAAUCAGUCAAAACCUUCUAAUGCACCUCGGAAAAAGAAAGCCGCUCGAGCCUGUAUUCACUGUCAGAAGGCUCAUUUGACGUGCGAUGAUUCGAGACCUUGUCAAAGGUGUAUCAAGCGCAACUUAGCCAAUACCUGUACAGAUGGUGCAAGGAAAAAGGCAAAAUAUCUGCAAGACACUGAUGGUAUGAAUAUAUAUUUUGGGCGCAACUAUAAUUCAUCAAUUACAUUCUUACAACAACAAUCAACUACAUCAACGCCUUUAAUGACGUCCUCUACUAUUAAUAAUACUGCCAAUAUGCCUUUUAACAAUACGAAUACCAAUACCCCGAUUGUUGGCACGAACAGCAAUAACAACAGUAAUAAUACCAAUAAUAUCAACCAUCCCAAUAUUACGUCCAUUUCCGCUGCAUCUAUGGACACGUCACAAGUCACGGCUUCCGGCAUAUCUACGUUAUCUGCUUAUGGCGAAGGCGCAGUGGUUGCAAAUGUUGUAGCUAGCCCCAUUAACAAUAAUCUGAAUUCAGUCAAUAACACUGCAGCUACUACCAACCCUACUUCUAGUACUACUCACACCACAGCACCAGUGAUUAUCGGACGACGUAGUAAAAAUCAAAUUAUUACACCUGAAAUGGCGUAUGCCAGUGCUACAAAACCCUUUAGUUAUGCCGAUGGAUACCAUUAUUUGAUUAAUUAUGUUAAAACGAGGAUGAGUAGAGAAGAUUUGAUGAGAAUUAGCAGAGCUUUAGCGUUAUUUAGACCCUCUGUGUUGGCAUCCAUGAUGAAUUUGACGGAAGAUGAUCUGAUUUUCACAGAGAAAUGUUUACAGCGUACAUUGCUGGAAUACGAAAAAUUGAUAAGUUAUUCAGGCACACCCACCGUUGUUUGGAGGAGAACAGGAGAAAUCACAUUGGUAGGAAAAGAAUUCUCAUUAUUGACACAGUGGUCUAGGGAUAUGCUUUUAAGCAAAAAAACGUACAUUUACGAGUUAAUGAGCAAUCCCUCAGCUGUGGAAUAUUGGGAAAAGUAUGCCUUGCAUGCCUUUGAUAACACUGAUUCAGCAGUGUAUAGUACAUGUAUCCUGUUGAGUCCGACAAAAAGGAUCGUUCCUUGUACAUUCUGCUUCACUAUAAAACGUGAUAUUUUCGACUUACCCAGCGUUAUCAUUGGAAAUUUUCUACCAAUACUUAGUUAG